AUGGCCACUGAGGAUGCCCGCUACCGCCAGUCGACGCAGUACAGGCUAUGGUCCUUCUCCCGCUCGCAGCUCGCCGAGCUGCGCACCACGACAAACGACUACGCCGCGGCCAGCAUCUCUGACCGAUUGAGCGCUUCUUCCACCACCACGUCGGCAUCUACGCCCGCCGUGUCAGCCUCCAACACGCCGAACCACCACCAGUCUUCCUCUGCCGCUGCUGCUGCUGCUCCACCCUCCUCCGAAAGCAAACCUGCGCUGCCCGACUUCCUCACCCCGGGAGAGGAAGCGCAGCUGCUCAAGUUCUACACCGUCGAGCUCCUGCGCGCCGCGGCAUUCUGCGAGCUGCCGGUAGAUAUACAGGCGACCGCCGCCGUCUUCCUGCGGCGGUUCUACCUGACCAACUCGAUCAUGACUUACCCGCCGACCGACAUGCUCAAGACGGCGUUGUUCUUUGGCUCCAAGGCCGAGGGUUACUACACGAGGCUGAAGAAAUUCGCCGAGAAUUUCCCCAACACCACGUCGGAGCAGAUCCUCGCCGGGGAAUUUCUUUUGUGCCAAGGCAUCCGAUUCGCCUUUGACGUCAGGCAUCCCUACCGUGCGCUCGAGGGGGCCAUCAUGGACUUGAGGAGAUACGGCGACAUCGACGAAACCCGCAUCAACCAGGCCCACAAGCGCGCCCGUGCCGUGCUCAAGUUCUCCUCCCUCGUCACCGACGUCUACUUCCACUACACCCCCAGCCAGAUCAUGAUGGGCGCCCUGUCGUUUGCGGACCAGGGCCUGGCCGAGCGCAUCAUCCAGGAGACCUUCAAGCACACGCACGAGGACGAGGAAUCCAGCGACGCCAACAACACCAAAGGCGCCACCGACGGCGCGGCGAACGGAGCAUCGAGCAAGGCCCGAAAGGCUGAGACGAGGAGAGAAAAGAUCGGUGGUGCCGACGUCAGGGACAAGGUACUUGCGUCGGUGAAGAGCUGUCGCGAGAUGCUGGCCGCGGAACCGCCGGAGAGGUUCAACGAGUAUUGGGGCACGCCCGAGUCCAACAACAUCAUCAAGCCCCUGAUACGGAAGCUCAAGAAGUGCAGGGAUCCGGACCGGUGGGACCUGGUGGCACUGCAAAAGGCCAAGAUGGAGAUGGCCUACAAAAAGGGCGAGAAGGAAGGCGGCGGCGGCGGCGGCGGCGGCGGCGGUGACAAGGACGACGAUGGCGCGGUCUUUGGCGGUGGCGGGAGCGGGCCGGAUCCCAAGAGGAGGAAAGUGAGCAAAAUGCCCGCGAAUGAUCCAUUCGGUCCGGCUCUCAAAGGAUGA